CCGCCUUCCAGAAAUUCAGCAGCUCUUAAGGUCCCCAACUUUAAUCCCACAACGUUCGUCCUAGGAAGCUGCUAGGAACACUUGUGACCAUCAAUGUCAUCUAUAGCGCGCCCUCCAGACCCCUGCCUUGUUGCGAUCAUCCUUAUCGUCCGCUCCCGCGCCGGUCCGCGAUUUGUUUUCCAUUACCCUCCGAACCCUCUCAGUGACAAUGGCCUAAGAAAUCCGACCAAGAGACGUUCGAUCUCUCGCAAGAACACGCAAGGAACCAAAAAUAACGAAUCAGCCUCCAGCGACGAGACUAGCAGCACUUCAGACGAAGAAGAUGAAGCAAGUUAUCUAGGAAACAGUGGUUCUUUCGGCAGGCCCCAGAGCAACCAUGGUAUUGACGAGAAUGUUGUAUCCGCUUCGACAGUCGCAGCAGAGUCUCAACGGCCACCAUCUUUGGUCUCUAGCCGUGCCUCUGUGAGAAAGAGAGGAGCAAAUUCGGACAUAGAGGAUGAUCAGGGCACCUCAUCCGAUGCGCGACGCAACGGCAGCGGAGAGAACACUCGACCACCAUGGGAAACGCUCUUGGGCCUCACGACAGAUGUGUGGGAGAAACUGCUGGCUCCGUCGGAAACCUGGCAUAAACGGCGGUUUGAGGUUGGGAUCAAUGACCUAGCAUUUGUCGGCUGGCCUGUAUUUGUCCGCGAUGAUGGCACAUGGCGCAAACAGAAACGAAAGAAGAAGAAACCUAGACCGGAAUGGGAGGGAGGUGAUCUUGGUCACGAAGAUCAACUUGAUAAAAGUCGGUUGGAGGAAGAAGGCACAGCACCUGAGUCGGCCACUCCGGCAGGAACUAAGUCAAGCACAGCUAGUGAUGGGAAAGCUCCUACGGACACUAAAAGCAAGACAUCAAAAAGCGAUGAAUCGCCAGACAACGAUAAGGACUCGAUGACAAUGUUCAACGUCGUCUUCGUACUGGACCCUCCACAGCUGGAAUACUCGAUCCGUAUCAAGGAAAACUAUGAAAACGUGAUCAAGAAGUUCGGAAAGGCUCUGAAAUGGGAACAAGCCCGUGCGGACUACGUAUGGACAGAGGCGCAGACGAUUCUACAUAUCAAGGAAAAGGCGAAAGAGCAGAAGACAUCAGUAAAUAGUCUCUAUUCCGAGCUUGUUUCUCGCUCGUCUCUGGCGAGAGCGAUCUGUACACUCUAUUCAAGCAUAUCAGCUUCGAAGAUUGCCUCCGUCACUCUAAGCCCAGAUGUUUCGAUAUCGCUACAGAUCCCACCUUUAACAUCGACACCAUAUCUUCCCACUCCAAUGGACACUGCAUACCCAGGCCUAUGGCUCACUACUGCGGAUAGUCUAAGCCCAGCUGAUGAUACCUUCGCUGCUGACACUGCUCCACCGCACCAGAUACUGGCCAAACACUUUGCACUUUUGUUGCUGGAUAAUGAAGCAACUAUAUUAAAAGACGUUGAAGCAUCUGGUGGUGCGCUUGGUCCAGCAUUAGCACACUAUAUUCGUUGUUCUAAGCCAACGAAGUCAUUUGCUCAGGUUUCAGCUGCUUCGGGAAUCCCACUCUCCAAUAUCCAGCUGCUGGCCAGCCACCUUGUGUACUGGAGACGCGCAAGGGCUAUCCCUCCUCUCCACCAACGGGAUACAUACAUUGUAUCUCCCAAUUGCGAUCUGAGCAAGCUUGAAGCUGCCACCGCUGCUUAUGCAGCGGCCUUCCCAACUCUUCCUAGCCUGCCAAAGAUGCUGUCUGCGCUCAGCCGUACGCCACGCCCAUACGGGAGCUUCAUACCUAGCAAUGAUCACAAGGAAGCCUACUUCGCUAUUCUGGCAUGGUUGUUGCGAGGAGGUUGGGUCACUCAGCUCAGGGCUUUCGCGAGGGUCAAGGUCACUCCUGAGAUUAAAAUGGCGGUGGAGAUGGCCAUGCGAAGGGAGGAGAUGGACAAGCUCCUUUCCCAGCAUAGGAUAUCUUCCAGUCCGCUGGAGGAUGGAGACGGGUCUGGCAAUGAAGAUGACAACGGCUCCUCCUCUUCCUCGUCCCUGGAGAGCCAAGCAAGUGGGCAGCAGACCCCAAUACCUGGCCGUUACGGGUCCGAACGAUCAAUGCAUCUUUCACAGUCGCUCAUCAAUCGGGAUAUGCACAUGACCACGUCAUCCCUUAUCCCUUUCCCUCAUCGUGCAUCUCCUCUGGAGUCUCGAUGGCUUGAUGAGAUCAUGGCACGCUUCCCAGACCGAACUGGGUCCGACACCACGCGAGGAUUGGUAAAUGGCGGUACUGUGGGUGCUGAUGUGGACGACAACGGGUUUAACGAGUCCCUGAAGAAGUACUGGCCUUUAUUUACUAAGUAUUUCAAUGGGCAUGACGCCCUAGAGAAGAUCCCUGUGCGAGAGGGACUGAAGCGAAAGGUCGUUUGGCAUAUGCUUAUGCGCAUGGGGCUGAAUACCGGACAACCAGGCUUCGACCCUGACCCACGAGAGAAAGUGCUGGUCAGUGUGAGACAUUGGUAAAAGCAGGGGCAUAUUCUGUCUGGCUUCUCUAUAGAAUGACUGUUUUUGCUUCAAAUUUCUGCUGUGUUUUUGAAAUUGCCGGAUUGGCAUACGUUUUGGUCCUUUCCUUUUUUUUAAUCCUCUGGGGUCAUGUCCCGGAGCUCUAUUGUGAUAUUAUACCCAUAACUACUGUAUACUUCUUGAUCUUUUGGCGCUGAAA